AUGUCCGACAACCAUAUAUUCCCACACAAACCUUCCAUCAAAGUGUCUCCAUUCACAGUCAAAGUGCCCGAAGCCGACCUCAAGGCCUUUUAUGACCUCUUGCGCCUAUCUAAACUUGGCCCAAGGACGUACGAGAACACCGGUGCGAAUGGCAGGUUUGGCGUGACUUACGACUGGAUGUCCAAGACGAGGGACCACUGGCAGAAUACGUUCGACUGGCGUUCGGUCGAGUCGCGCAUCAAUUCCUUCCCGAACUUCAUCGCACAGAUUCCCGACGAUGAUGGCUCUGUACACCAAAUCCAUUUUGCUGGGCUCUUUUCACAGAAAGCUGGGGCCACUCCCCUCAUGUUCCUUCAUGGAUGGCCAGGAAAUUUCAUGGAGUUUCUCGGCAUCUUGUCCCUUCUUCGCGAACGAUAUGCUCCCGAUGAGCUCCCCUACCACGUCAUUGUGCCUUCCCUCCCGGGAUACGCCUUCUCGUCGACUCCGCCGGUGGACAGAGACUGGACUCUGGAAGAUUCAGCCCGACUCCUGCACAAGCUCAUGUGUGGACUCGGUUUCGAGGGAGGCUAUGUUCUCCAAGGUGGAGACAUAGGGAGCUAUACUGCAAGGAUCAUGUGUGCCUUGUACGACUCAUGCAAAGGUUCGUUCAACUUUUGUAUAGUCAAGCACCCAGACCCAGCCAUCCACGGCAAUCUCCCGCUUGAAGAGUUUGAAAAGAGAGGUCUCGAAACGGGGGAUCAAUUCGCCAAAUUUGGCUCCGCGUACGCUCUUGAGCAUGCCACACGCACCGCAACAAUCGGCUUCACUCUGUCCUCCAGCCCGCUGGCUCUCCUCGCGUGGAUCGGAGAAAAGUUCCUUACUUGGACCGACACAACUCCAUCGAUAGACGACAUCCUCGCGUCCGCCACGCUGUACUGGCUCACCGACACGUUUCCACGAUGUCUCUACCCUUACCGCCAGGAAGUCGUCCACGCCCCUGUGAAAUGGGACGACGAAGCAUACGCACAGGUCUACAACAAGGGGCCUGAUCGCUAUAUGAACCACGCGAACCCAGAAUACUACUGUCGCAAGCCCAUGGGGUUCUCCUGGUUUCCGAAAGAGAUCGCUCCGACUCCGAGAAGUUGGGCUGCCACCACGGGGAACUUGGUCUGGUUCAGAAACCACGACAAGGGCGGUCACUUUGCUGCCAUGGAGCAGCCGGAGACUCUUCUGCAGGACGUGGACGAUUUCAUCAAGCAGGUCUGGUAG